UGUCUAGUUUGUGAUCUGUUAUUGCAGGAGUAUAGGUUGCGAUGAUGGAUAAUUGAUUUCCACAGUGUUAGAUAGGUAUUAGGUUCUGUGAAUUAUUUUCAAGGAAUUUAGGGUUGCAUUAUCUGCGCAUUGCCCAGUAUCUUUAUAGUUUGAGGGUGAUGCUCGCUCCACCACCCCCAAUGCUAUCUCCACCUCUUUCAGAUUUUCUUAUAUAUGUGUGUGUUCUGUUUCUCUAACGAGGGAUAAUUUUAUAAUGCAUGAUAAGCCAAAAACUAGACGUGAGAUAAUGGGGAUAAUCUUUGGUGACCAAUUUCUUGUUCUGUCUUUAGAAUUCUUUGUUCCAAAUUAAAACACUUGUACAGGAAACUGGGAGUUUUUUUCUUCCAGAAAUUAUAAGAAUAUAUGAUUCAAAAGCUUGGGAUAUGUAUAAGACUUAUGGAACAGCGAUGGCUGGUCUAAAGGCAAUUGGCUAUGACUUUGAGUUUGAUGAGUAUAAUAGUUUUGUUCAUGGGAGAUUGCCAUAUAAUGUGCUGUUGAAACCAGACCCUGUUCUCAGGGGAAUUCUGCAAAGCUUGCCUAUUAGGAAGAUUAUAUUUACAAAUGCAGAUUCGAACCAUGCAAUUAGUGCGCUUAAAAUCCUUGGAUUGGAUGACUGCUUUGAAAGAAUCAUAAGCUUUGACACUCUGAAUCCCUCCAACAACACCAAUCCUUCUGAAUCUAAACCUACCACCGAGGAAGUUUUGAACAUCUGUGAGCAUUUGCGCCGGCAUGACUCUGAUAUGGUGCUUCCACGCACCCCCGUUGUCUGCAAACCCUUUGAUAUUGCAUAUGCUGGAAAUUCUGUGAUUGAUAGCCUCGCCAUAACUGAUGGAAUCAACAUUAAAGUAUUCAGUGCCUACCGUCAAAUUUUCGGAGCUGUUAUUACUAUUCUUGCUCUUGUUUUUUGUUUUUAAGAGGUGAAUUAAACACCAUUAUAGUUUAUGCAUAUUUGGAUAAUCAAUGUUUUUUACUUUUUUUUUUUUAUAAUCAAAGCAGAGAGAACAGACCAAACUUGACAUGGAGGAUGCUCGUGAUGACAUUUCUUUCCGGAUUAUUUGGGUAUGCUUGAUGUAAACUAUUUUAUCUUCAUCUCUUUGUCCUUAUUAUUAAAUUAAUUUGUACAAUAACUUGAAUUCAAAUAAUGUUUGUUGAUGAUAUAAAUGAACAAAAGUUUAUUCCAAAAUCUUUUUUUCACCCCGAUAGGGUUGGUAUCAGCAACAUAUGCUAACGUUGUAUUCAACAUGGUUCCUGCAGUCACUUUCAUCCUCUCCUUCUUGUGUCGAUACAUAGUCAUCACUCACCCGUUUUGAUACUCAUGUGUUAUUUUGCGUUUUGUGGGAGAGAGAAUUCAGAAAUAUUGUAGUGAUUUUUGAUUUUUUUUUAGCUACGAAAAGUUUGCGAACAGUAGCAGGGAAAGCUAAGGUAAUGAGAAUGAUAAUUGGAGUUAGCGAGUCAAUGAUAUUGUCAUUCUUCAAAGGAAUAGAAAUAAAAAUUUGGAAGAAUAUGCACAUUAAUCUUAUGCAUAAAACAGACCACAAUCAGACAAGAACAUCUGAUAGAAAAGAGUGGAUAGGUCUUUUAAGUGGUCUUGGAUGUUGCUUGAGUUUUUCAGUAUAGCUCAUCA